AUACGGCUGCCGAGUACUGGUUGGCCGCAAUGACAGGUCUUUGGUCAGAAGACUGGUCGUCCAGUGAGGAGGCUUAGUCACUUCAAUCUAAGCCCGUCAUCGAAAUGGGUCCCCGAUCUCAGAAAAGGAGUGUGUUAAUCACAGGAUGUAGUCCUGGGUCAAUUGGCGAAGCUUUGGCAAGGGAGUUUCUUCUACUCAAUGAUUUCACCGUUUUCGCAACCUCGCUACCGGGCGAAGAACUCAAAGAGCUUGAAGGGUUAGGAAUUAAUUGCUUUGAGUUGGAUGUCACCUCGAGCGAAAGUGUCGAAACGCUGAAAGAUCAUGUGAUUGGACAUUUGGGUGAUGAACUUGACGUCCUCGUCAACUGUGCAGGAAUGAACUAUGUUAUGCCAGCCCUAGACGUGGAUAUCAAUGAGCUGAAGCGCAUUUUCGACGUCAACGUCUUCGGGCUUGUCCGAAUGACGCAGGCGUUUUCCACCCCCUUGAUCAAUCGCAAGGGACUCAUUGUCAAUGUAGGGUCUUUGGCCGCAUAUGCACCGUAUGUUUUUGGGUCUUCCUACAAUGCGAGUAAGGCCGCUUUGCUCGCCUAUAGCAAUACAUUGCGGAUAGAGCUGAGCCCUUGGAGCGUGCGAGUGAUGACCGUAAUAGCUGGACCAGUUGUCAGUGGUUUGAUGACACGGAAGAAGAGAACACUACCCGGGGACUCCAGAUACCAGCCUAUUGCUGAUUCUUUCGAUCAGCGAACGACUCACGACAAGCAUGGUGUUCAGGCGAUGCCUACUGAGGAGUUUGCCCGAUCUGUUGUCAAACAGGUGUUGAAGACUAACCCUCCGAAGUCAUAUUGGAUUGGACCAUUUUCGAGAACAGUCUGGUUGCUUGAGACUCUCGGCUUAAGUUCGGUGUGGUCUUGGUUCUUCCGGAAGAAAUUCCAAUUGUGGAAGUUAGAUAGGAACUAG